UUUACAAAUGCUGAACAACUAAAUCUUCAAAUUCGAGUAAUUAAUUAACUAUCGCUGUAGGUAAUGCAGCAUUUCUUCACUUUAAACAAAAACGAAAUUACAAAAUUUUAGAAUGCCCUAACUAAUAAAGGAAUACCCCAAGUAGUGCCGUUUUUUAGCGCAUUUGCGCAGGCGAAGUGCAGAUAUUUUGGCGCUCUAGCCGCUGCCACACUGUGUGUACGGAAAAUGAUGGAGUUCGGGAAAUCGUCGGAGCACUCCCAGCACAGCGCCUCCGAGGCGUCGGCGGACUCCGGCAGUCUGGCCAACAGCGACCUGGCCGUCACGCCCACCAAGCGGGAGCGCCGUAAGUCGCCGGCCACAAGUUCGGACAACACCAGCACCAGUGUCCAACCGCCCAUGUCGCCGUCCUCCUCGGUGGCGGACACCACCUUUGAGCCCACCAUCGACAUGAUGGUCAACGACUUUGACGACGAGGCCACGCUGAACGAGGAGGAGGCUCUGGCGGACAUGGAGGCGCACAGCGCCGAGGACGAGAUCGCCACGCUGCGCGAGGAAAGCGAGAUGCCCAUCGAGGAGCUGCUGGCCAAAUAUGGCGGCACAGCGGCUUCCCCUGCUGUGAGUAGCUCGAACCGUUCCGGCAGCAGUUCACGACGAGCACGUAGAGCCACUAAGCGCCAGUAUCAGGAACUGGACACGGAGAUGGCUCACACGUCGACCUCCACUUCGAGCAGCGCAUCACAACUGGAAAAACACGACAGCAUAGACCAGGAUGAAUCCAAGGAGGUGUCGGAUAAGCUAGCAUCACUCCCGGAAUCAGGAGAAGUUUCGUCCAUGGACAGGGAGUCGCCAAAGUAUGAGGGGAUCAAGAAGCAGCAUCGCUCGCAUUUGCUGGACCUGUAUCCAGAUGAAUCCUUUGUCGAUCUGGCGCCCACAUGUGCAGAGGAGACGGAAAGAUUCACUCCACUGCAAACGCUGUUCGAUGAAGUGGAGGCCGAGGAGGAGGAGGAAAGCGAAUCCGAGUUGGACGAUGCCCGUAAGAUAAUAAUGGUGGGCCACGACUAUCAGGCUGAGAUUCCGGAGGGGCUCUCGCAAUAUGGCGACAUAUUGCCAUAUGAGAACGAGGAUCAGUUGAUCUGGGAGCCCAGCCAAGUCAGCGAGCGCGAGGUGGAGGAAUAUCUGGCCAAGAUUCAAGAAACCAGACCCAUAGUUCCGCCGGAGGAUGGGGCAGAGACUGGGGCGGGUGAAGAAGGUGCUGCUACAGGUGUUACUGCUGAACCGCCGGCUCCUACUACAGCUCCAGCCACGCCUCCAAGGGCUCCACCUGCGUCAAGUGCCGCUGGCGAUCAGGAGCUGGUGGUAAAGGACAACGAGCAGGCGCUCCAUCUGCUAGUCCAGUGCGGCUACGACUUCAAAGAAGCCUUACGACGCAAGCGCAUGAACGUCCUGCCCCUCACUGAUACUAUGAGCAGCUGGUCCGAGGACGAGUGUUUAAAGUUCGAGGAGGGCAUUCAGCGGUUCGGCAAGGACUUCUAUCAGAUACGUCAAAAUCAGGUGCGCACUAGAACCAUGCGCGAGCUGGUCCAUUUCUACUAUCUGUGGAAGAAGAGUGAGCGCCGGGAUCAGAGCUUAGCUUUAAACGACACCAUUGAUCACAUGGACGUCUUCAUCAACGAGGCGUGUGCUAGCAACGGAAGUGGUAAUGGAAAUGGUGCUGGGAUCGUAUCAGGAAUCGCUAACAGCAAUGGUAGCUGCUCACCGCAUAGCAGCAAUGGUCACAGCAAUGGGGAUUUGUCUGUCCUGGAAAAGGAUACCGUCGCCAGUCCAAGAAAGCCCGCCAAUAAGAGCUAUUCUAUUAUGACCGGGAGUCAGGCUGCAGGUAAUCCAACCGGGGGAAACCGAAAGCGGUGUACGUCCGCAUCUGUGCCCCUGGAAGAUGAGGACAACAACAUCGAGGAAGAACCGAGUCUGUCCGCUGUUUAAGCGACACCUCCAUCACCAUCAUCAUUAUCAUAACCGAGCGCAGGCGCUUUCGAUUCGGUUGGGCCAAGCAAAGUAUUAGCAGGGCGCUUCAUUACCUUUACCACUCACUAUAAAUAUGCAUACUGUACGUGUAGUAUAUACCUUAUGUCUAAUCAUAUAUAUUCCAGAUUCUUAAAUCGACAUCUCUCAUACACCGUAAAGAAUUUCUCUAUUGUUAAGUGUGCGAUUCGUCUAUUUGUUACAUGUGCGUGUGAAUUUCGGAACCAAGUACUUACCGCUUAUAUAUACAAUAUAUUUUCGCUCAAUCCUUGAGUUUCGUUGAAUGUCAAUAAAUGUAAUAUGUAUGUAUAUCUGUAAAGUCAGUUCUCGAUCGUGUUUUCUCAAGAUUUGACAUAGCUUUUUAAACGGCAAUAAUUUUCACGAAUUCUACAAUUUUUAAUUUACGACAAAGUGAAAAGUUAAUGAACGAACAGAACGGAUUCUGAGCAUGAUAGGCAAAGGUAAGAUACGCUACAAAUCGCU